CAGUGACCCAGCGCGAUCGGUUUGAAAAUUUCAGCAAAGAUCUUCCGCCGUCGAGUGUCAGUGUUUCGUGCGCGUUCAAUCUCUGUGGAUUUUGGCCGGUUGAGAGAGGCGAGAUAAAGAAACACAAAGUGUUUAAAGAGUUACCAAAUGUGUGCCACUAGUACAACAACAGCAACCAGGAAAAUCGAGUGAGAGUUGCGAAGAUCGCGCAUUUCCGCGACGCGACUACGAAGAAGACGGCGAUAACUUCGGAAUUAUUGUGCAUUCCGCCUAAAAGGUUUUAUAUUGUCUAGUCAAGCAAGCGCUCAGCGCGCCCACGUCGGUGACAUUUGCGCCCAAGUGCCAAAAAAAAAAAAAAAGAAAACAACAGAAAAAACACUUUCUCCAGGUGUGUUUUCGUGACGUUGUGUGGUGGAGUCUCUUCUGGUUUGUGCUCACAGUACCAACACAGCAAUAACCGAAAGCCAAACAUAGCCGAAGUGCACAUGGGUCUUGCAGUUAAGCGCCAUUUACUGUAGCGUAAUAAGUUAGAGUUGUUGUUGCUGUGUCAAGGGGAAAGAGGAAGAGCAGCGAAAAAAAAACCCGCAAAUUCAAAUACAAAACGCAAAACAAUUGUUAGUAUUGUUGUGCAGCCGCGUGACUAAGUUAGCGAGGAAAAACAAAACGAAAGAAAUCAAAAAAGAAGAAGACGUAGUUGAAUUUUGGCGAUGAUGGCACCCGUAGGCGGAAGUACCGGCGAUCCGAUCGCGAUCAUCUCGACGGGAUCGGUGGUUCCGGCGGUGCCGGCAACUCAGCAAGGUGGAAAUCCAGCCACGAAAGCUACCGAGUUGGACAAGCGGCGCAUCAGUCGGAUGUUUAGUUGGACCGCGGAGUCGCCCGUUGUCACAGGCAGCGAGACGAGUGUAGCGACGAUCGACGAUGGAGGGACAAUGUGGGCCAGGCAGCAGCACGCCGUAUCGGUGCGGCAUGCCUUCAAACAGUACGGCUCAAAGAAGAAACCAAACCAGGUUCUCUCGAACCUGAACAUGACAGUAGCCAAAGGAACAAUUUAUGGACUUUUAGGAGCAUCCGGUUGCGGCAAGACGACACUUUUAUCAUGUAUAGUGGGACGAAAGCGGCUGAAUCAGGGAGAGAUUUGGGUGCUGGGUGGGAAACCAGGGACAAAAGGAUCUGGGGUGCCGGGAAAGCGCGUAGGUUACAUGCCACAGGAGAUCGCCCUGUACGGCGAGUUCUCCAUCCGGGAGACCAUGAUGUACUUCGGCUGGAUCUUCGGCAUGCAGACGACUGAGAUCCGCGAGCGGUUACAGUUCUUGCUCAACUUUCUGGAUCUGCCGUCGGAGUCGCGACUGGUGAAGAAUCUGAGUGGUGGCCAGCAGAGACGAGUGUCGUUUGCCGUCGCCCUGAUGCACGACCCGGAGCUGCUGAUCCUGGACGAACCCACCGUCGGUGUCGAUCCAUUACUUAGGCAAAGUAUAUGGAAUCAUCUGGUGCACAUUACCAAGGCUGGCCAGAAGACGGUCAUCAUCACCACACAUUACAUCGAGGAGGCCCGGCAAGCGCACACGAUCGGUCUGAUGCGAUCGGGGCGCCUGCUGGCGGAGGAAUCUCCAGCCUGUCUGCUGUCGAUGUACCGCUGCAGUAGUCUGGAGGAUGUCUUCUUGAAGCUGUCCCGCAAGCAAGGACAACAGAAUGCCGCCCCUGCUGAGCUCAACAUAAGCAAUAACAUUUCGCUGUCCGCGCUCGCGUUCGGCAAGGCCAAGGACAACCCCGUCUACGUGAGUCAGGAGAGCGGCGUCGUCGGGUUAAACUUCCAUCAAAGUAAAGAAGUACUCAUUAGUGAUACCAACGGUUCGACGUACGCACUCGCUUCUCCCCAGAUCAACGGUCUAAACGGGUCGGCACCGGGAGUGAUCAGCCAGGCGGUGGAGUGCGAUGAUUGUGGGGAUUGCGGUUCGGAUUGCAUGCAGCUUACGACGCGGGGUAAAAUGAAGGCGCUUCUGGUGAAGAACUUCCUGCGGAUGUGGCGAAACGUGGGCGUAAUGUUGUUCAUCUUUGCCCUGCCAGUGAUGCAGGUGAUUCUGUUUUGUUUGGCGAUUGGACGUGACCCGACGAACCUACCGAUGGCGAUUGUGAACGGUGAAAUGAACGCGACCAACAUGGGCGACUGCUACUUCGAUGCCGGCUGCAGCUUCACGAACCUUUCCUGUAGAUACCUGAGUCAUUUGAACGAGACGAUAGUGAAAAAUUACUACCCCGAUCUGGACUCGGCCACAGAAGCAGUGCGGUUGGGCAACGCCUGGGGUGCGCUCUACUUCACGGAAAACUUCACCGAUGCUCUGGUUGCACGAAUUGCGCUUGGCCGAGACGCGGACGACGAAACGCUGGACCAGUCGGAGAUUCGGGUGUGGCUUGACAUGUCCAACCAGCAGAUCGGUAUCAUGCUCAACAGGGACUUGCAGGUAGCGUACCGGAAUUUUGCCCAGGAGCUGCUGCGAGUUUGCGACAACAACCCCAAGCUGGGCGAUGUGCCAAUUCAGUUCAAGGACCCGAUCUACGGUACGAACGACCCGUCGUUUACGGACUUUGUGGCACCGGGAGUUAUUCUGACUAUCGUCUUCUUCUUGGCUGUUGCCCUGACAUCGUCGGCGUUGAUCAUCGAGCGAACGGAAGGCCUGCUGGACAGAUCGUGGGUUGCCGGAGUGUCGCCUGGAGAGAUUCUGUGCUCGCACGUCGUCACUCAGUUUGUGGUGAUGUGUGGCCAAACGGCGCUGGUUUUACUCUUCAUGAUCGUAGUCUUUGGCGUGACGAAUAACGGAGAGAUCGUGUGGAUCGUUCUGCUGACCAUUCUGCAGGGUCUGUGCGGUAUGUGCUUCGGAUUCGUGAUUUCCGCCAUCUGCGAACUGGAACGGAACGCCAUCCAGCUGGCGCUGGGUUCGUUCUAUCCGACGUUGCUGCUCUCCGGAGUGAUCUGGCCGAUCGAGGGUAUGCCACUGGUGCUACGGUACGUGUCGCUGUGCCUUCCGCUGACCUUGGCCACCUCGUCGCUGCGAUCGAUUCUGACCCGCGGCUGGAGUAUACUGGACGAGGACGUGUACAUGGGCUUUGCCGCGACGCUCAUUUGGAUCGCACUCUUCCUGGUGGUCACGAUGAUCGUCCUUAAGCUCAAGCGAGGCUAGAGCUCGUACUGUAGGAUUUUGUGUUUGUUUAGGAAUCAUUAUUUAUAUGAGAGCGCUUUCACACCCCGGCACUCAACAUACCAUCAUCACGCUUUGUGUCGGUGCACAUAAUCUUAUGCUUUGUAAAUUUCAUCUUGGAAGACGUAUACAAUUCCAAAAAAUGGGGCAAGCUGCUACAAAGUGCCCCUAACAUUGACUGGGAGCGAGGAACAUGUCCUCAAACUUACCAUAGUUUUGCUUCCCUGCGUUCACCGCAACCGCUGUGCCCAGAAGGCACAGCUCUACCACAGCGCACCACAUUGAACGCACCCACCACACGCACACUCUUUCGACUUAGGACUUUAGCACGUAAGCACAACCCUGCUGCUGCUGCUUCGGAGUGGUGAACCUAAUCCGUCCCUCUUCCCCGAACACCCCUUUCUCACCCUCGUACUCUAUUUCGGUUCAUUGUUUAUGUGACCAAACUUAAUUUGCUCAAUUUUAAGACGUAAUUAACGCCUCCGACUUUCGAGUUGGUCCACAUUGACCGCACACUGCACGAACAAGCACAAUAGAAAAACCUUAAAGUGUGCCAGCCCUCGUUCUCGCGAAAGUGACGGAACGAAACAAACACACACACAUGUAUCAGAAGAAACAAAAGCAAACCAAUAGUUUUCAAACGAAAGGAAAGAAAAAUCGAAGAAAACAAUGAUUGAACUGUGAUUAUAACUUUUUUUUUUCUUUUUUUUAUAUACGAAUAAUACCUGUUAGACCAUUUUAUACGCUAACAACGAAGAGGAAUGACCCCUUUUCUGCGCGUGUAGGGAAAGAUUUAUAAUAUUACGCGGAAGGAUGAAGGAGAAGAAAGAAAAAAAAAACCAUAGACUUAAACAGUGUAAAACAAGCAAUGAGGAUUUUGUAAUUUUUGUUCUUGGUGACAUUUUCCGCCGAGUGUACGCGGAGGAGCAGGAUGAAAACAAUUUCAUUAGAUUUUGUUGUUUUGUGUAAAAAAUGUAGGAAUUUAAUGUUACAAGCGGCGGAGAAACAUCACCAUCAGAACCAUCAAACAUGCAUGGCAUAUGUAAUCUAGUUUUUAUAUUUUGUGAAGGGUUUAAUGAAAGUGAAAAGAUACAAAAAAAAAUCGCAAAAAUAAGCAAUCCAUCCAUAGCUGUAAUUUGUUACUGUCCCGCCCCUCCUCCUCCGUCUCACUUUUCCCCUCCUGUCUAAUGCAGUGUCGUGGAACCUGUCUAACCUGAUUAUUUGCUACGCAAGUCCUGGCUUUGGGCUGCGCCGCAAGUGUUGCUAACCUUAAUAUAUAAACUAGGCGGUUUUAUGACAGUGGACUUGAUUUAUAUUUUGUUUUUGAAAAUUUAGGGCAAAAACUGACACACACAAAAACAUAACUGGAACGUUAUUGACGAACGGACAACUUUAGGCGAAAGGGAGUAAGAAAACGACACAUUUUGUAAGAAGGAUCGUGAAUAAAGUAAACAUAAAAAUUAAA